GCCUGUUUUCAUGAGGAAGGAUACAAAAAUGGAGUUCCAGUGGAGAAUUCGCAAUCUCCCUUACCCUAAAGAAGUCUACAGUGUAAUAGUAGACCAGACAGAACGUUGCUGCAUUGUACGUACAUCAAAUAAAAAAUACUACAAGAAGUUUUCCAUUCCAGACUUGGAUAGAUGCCACCUGCCACUCCUUAAUACUGCACUCACAUUUGCUUACGCCAAUAAUACCCUAAUCAUAACGUAUCGUAAACCAAAGGAAAUCUUAGAACUGGAGGAACAGCUUCAGAAAGAACUGAAGAAGAUGAAAUCUUGCAGUGAAGGGGAUGUGGAUUGCAAAACACAAUAAUUGGCUGUUGAUAUAACACUGAUGCAUUGCAGGUUGUUUGUUUAAUCCUCUUUUUCCAAAAUGUUGUUUUUGUAAAAUAAUAGUGUUAUAAUAAAGUUUGUUGGAGAUGUC